AGCUCUGGAAAAGUUGCCCGUCUGCUGCCUUUAGAAUAUAGCAGGAUUAGAAGUAUACGCUCUAACAACUUGUUCUCCCGCGGGUUACCUGUUUGUCACAGGCGAUGUUUUUGUUUUGUUCAGAUCUGAUUUUAUCUCUUGAUAGUUUUUGAACACAGAUCGAUGGUCGUUCUUACCGUAAGGAGUGCCCAUAAAAGACGUUAUUUUGUUCUCUUUUUGACUAUCGCAGGUUUCAUCAUUUUCCGACACAUGGGUACUCAGAGAGGAAGAGUACAAGUUGUCAGAAGAGUUGGACUGAGCGUCAACUCUUCCCAGUUCAAUCUAGAAGGAGAGCCAUUCCGCAUACUGGGAGGCUCUGUCCACUACUUCCGGGUACCCAGAGCCUACUGGAAAGAUAGACUAAUGAAGAUGAAGGCCUGUGGUAUCAAUACACUUACUACUUAUGUGCCGUGGAGUCUGCAUGAACCUGAGAGAGGCUCUUUUCAGUUCCGAGGACAGCUUGACUUAGAGGCUUUCCUACAGUUGGCGGAAGAGCUGGGUCUCUGGGUGAUUCUACGCCCAGGGCCGUAUGUAUGCUCUGAACUAGAUCUUGGAGGGUUGCCAAGCUGGCUCCUCCGUGAUGAGCAGAUGAAGGUGAGAACAACCUACCCAGGUUUCACUGAAGCAGUGAAUGUCUUCUUCAACAAGCUAAUUCCAAAAGUUGUCCCAUUUCAGUUCAAGAAAGGUGGCCCUAUAAUUGCGGUGCAAGUGGAAAACGAAUAUGGAUCUUUUGCAGAGGAUGCCAAUUACAUGCCCUUUAUUAAAGAGGCUCUGGAGUCCAGAGGUAUUAGUGAACUUCUCCUAACCUGUGAUAACCAUGACGGGUUAAUGAAUGGAGGACUCAGUGGAGUUCUCAGGACUAUUAAUUUUCAGAAGCUGAACCACAAUGACAUUAAGCAGCUAGAGGCUGUACAGCCAAAGAGCCCAACAUUGGUGAUGGAGUACUGGACCGGAUGGUUUGAUGGAUGGGGUGAUCUUCAUCAUGUUUUUCCUGCUGAGGAUAUGAUUGCCGUGGUGAGGGAGAUUUUGAGACGUGGCAUGUCUAUCAAUCUGUAUAUGUUUCAUGGUGGCACUAACUUUGGCUUCAUGAAUGGGGCAGCGGAUAACCCAUCCUACAAGCCAUUAAUCACAAGCUACGAUUAUGACGCACCUUUGUCUGAAGCCGGAGAUUACACUCCGAAGUAUCACCUCCUCAGGGAUCUCUUCAGCCAUUACCAAAGUGUAAAGCUCCCGGAUAUGCCAGUCCUCCACGCUAAAGACAGAUACGAAGCAGCCAUCAUGUUCCAGCACCUGUCUCUAUGGGAUGUCUUACCGUUUACACACACGCCUUUUAAAACUCAGACUCCUGUUAACAUGGAGAAUCUCCCUGUGAACAAUGGGAAUGGCCAGUCGUAUGGAUACACUCUCUAUGAGACAACUAUCACCAGUGGAGGCAGUUUAAGAUCUGGAAACAACGUUAGAGACAGGGCUCUGGUGUUUGUGGACAGGAGUUUCAUUGGUGUUUUUGAGUUCAAGACUUUGGAAUUAGCUGUUCCUGAUGGGAAGGGUGAGCGAACACUGAGCUUACUUGUGGAGAACUGUGGUCGUGUGAAUUAUGGAAAAGCCUUGGACAGCCAGCGUAAAGGUCUUGUUGGAGACAUCUUACUUAAUAAUUCACCACUAAGAAAUUUCGUAAUUCGUAGUCUGGAUCUGACCCCAAGCUUUAUCGAAAGCCUAUACAGAGCUCCUUGGAAGUCUCUUCCACACAAGCCCAGCUUUCCAGGAUUUUUUCUGGGAAGGAUGUUUGUGAACGGUUAUCCAAGUGACACAUUUAUUAAAUUACCCGGCUGGAGUAAAGGUGUUGUCUUCAUUAACGGGCAGAAUCUUGGACGAUAUUGGCACAUUGGCCCUCAGCAAACUCUUUAUCUCCCAGGUCCCUUUCUCAACAGUGGAAUCAACGAAGUAAUUGUAUUUGAGGAGACGGAAGCUGAUUAUAAAGUCCAUUUUGAAGACACUCCUGAUCUGGGAAUGACUGUUGAUGUUCAAUGAAUGUUGAUCCAUGCUUUUUUCAUAGGCUUUGUAAGCAAACUUACAAACUUUUUUCAUAGGCUUUGUAAGCAGCUCACUAGAGAACAAAGAAAUAUGGAUUUGCAUGUUCAGAUUUAAAAAAGACGUUAAAGUAAGGUAGUACAUGUUGUGCUACAACUGGUGACUGGUGAUAACGGCUGUUUUUUUUUUUCCUCAUUGUUUGUUACUUCAUUCUUAUUGUGCACAGAAAAAUGCCGUCACCACAAGACCAACUGCAACUCCGGCUCUGUCACGUAAUAAUGCUAUAUUUAAAUUUUAACAACUGGUCACACUUGGUUGCACUCAAAAAUGUUGCCUCUUUUUGUUUUCCUUCUGCUCGUUAACCCAGUUCUCUUUUGCCUUUUGUGCAACAGAGCAUAAAGGAGCAGUGACCAAAAGAGGCCUUGUGAUCUUGUGCAUAUGCAGUAUCUUCUCUUUAUUAAAAAAAAAAAAAUGCACAAGAUUUUGAAGAAUGAUGUUUUUCAUAGUAAUGCUAUUAGUAUAUUGUUGAGUAUAAAUGUUAAAUAUUUCUACUGAUGGCUUGCAUUAACUCUAUGGUUUCUGUCAAUAAUUAACCUAAUUGUGGCCUUUCAGUUCAAGUUUGUGUUUGACCAUUGAUUCAUAUGAUUGUGAAUGUUUGACAUCAGUUGAUCUAGAUGAUGAAGUUUUAUAAGUGUGAAGUUUUUUAUCGGAGCAGUGGAAGAAGUCAUUUAAGAUAACAGGGGCU